AUGGCCUCGUCUAUUGCCUCGGCCAGACCCAAUCUCGCUGCGCCUGUCGACGAAGAUGCAGCCAACGACCCCUUCGUCACCAGCACAUCCUCUGCUGUCCACCAUCGCUUCUCAGCUUUUGACCAUGAGCUCUUUGCUGCUGGGCCAGGCUCUUCACCCCGCCAGGCCAAGCGCGCCCUCGAGGCACAUAUAGCCGAGACCGAGCGCCGCCUUGAUGAGGCGGGCAAGCUUGGCACUGCUCUCGUCUCCCAGCGUAAGGCGCUGGCCGAGCAGUUGCAGGAAAUUGACAAGCUCCAGGCACAGGGCGAAUUGGGUCCCGAGCUCCGCCAAAAGCUGGUCGAAAUCGAGCGCGAAUACAACGAUUUGGCUCGCGAAUCCGCGCGCGCUUUUCUACCAAAGAGGAUCCCUUCUAAUGAGAAUGGUCCCGCCACACCAUACGCACCCGACGGUCGUACUGGCAGGCGCUCCAUCAGCCCUUCCAAGUUCGAUGGCCAUGCCACCGGCUCUCCCACAAAGCUCACAGUUCCCAAACGUAGGGCUAGGAACCAGCAGUCCAAUCGUAUACACGACAUUGAAUUUGCCGCCGAAAUUAGUCAAUCGCUCAUCGCACAGGUCCGCAAUCUGCAGUCCCUUCUUUCCGAACGGGAAGAAGAAGUCAAGACCCUGCAAGGCGAAAAGUCCCGACUCGAGAUUGAUACCGAAGGCUUGUACCAGCGCCUCAAGACACUCGAUGAGAGCGAGCACCGCUACAAGGACGAAAAUUGGAACCUCGAGACCCGCAUGCAAGAAAUGACCUCGUUGCAAAAAGAAGCCUCCGACAAGGAAAAAAAAUUGAGCCAGGCCCUUGGCCUUGCCAAGAUGGAAAAGACGGUCGCCCAAAAGGAGCUCGACGAGGUCAAGGCCUCCCACGCGAAACUCACCGAGGAUCAUGCGGCUGCUAUGAAGCUCCAUGACAUCGAGCUUGGCUCUGCCAAGCGCAAUCUUACCUUGGGCGAGGAUGAGCGUACCUCUCUUCAGAAAAAGAUUGACGAUUUGACUGGUCAGAAUCAAGAGCUCGCCAGAGCCUUUUCCGCGCAACGCGGCCGGCUGAUGAAUCGUGAACUCGGUUCUGGAUUGAGCGACGAAGACUUUGAUACAGCGACCGAGAAUGCUACUCCCGAGCACUCGCCUCCGCCUUCCCCAAUCAAGGGCACUCCUCGACACGCUGUCUUGGAAACAGAGACUGUCAAAACUUCUCUGGGCCACGCACAAAGGACAAUUCAAAGUCAAAGAAACCAGUUGCACCGCGAAAAGACGGAGAAGCUCGAGCUACGUCGCAUCAUUCAAGAUCUGCGCGACGAUUUGGACAAGCUGCGAGUCGACGCUGGCGGCAACACGAGUGCCAACCGCCGUCGCAAGGUCGACUCGAAGGAAUUUAAGCGCCCUUCCAAACUUCUUGGUAGCAUGCGCUCCGGCAAGCAUGAGAUUUUCCUGGAUGACCCUGAAUGGGAGGAGAAUGACGGCAACUCGCCUACUGGUAGUCCUACUGCCGCAAGACGGAGCAUUCUGCCCUCCACAGAACCGAGCGACCAUUUCGAGACUGCCAACGAGGCCAGCGAAUCUGCGUUUGAGACGGCCAACGAGCGCGCAACUGAGACGGACGACUUCCAGACUGGCCACGAAGACAUGUCAGAUAGUGAUGGUGCCGCAACCGAGACUGAGUCUAGAGGCUUCGGCAGAAUGAAGCAAACCCCCAACUUGCCUGCUGGUCUUGCUCGCCUGAGCAGCCGCGAAUCUUUCCACAGCACUGCUUCAACCUCUGCUGACGAGGCUCUUGAUAUCCUGCCUGAUGUGCGCACGCCUACUGGCACCGUCUCGUCCACCAGGAGUCGCUUUAGCCUCAGCCGUCUGCCUUGGUCUCGUCGCUCUCGCCAAAACAGCGAGGAGCCCGCCGUUCAGAGUAGCCCAGUCAGCCAUGCUGGUAGUGCAGGUACCCCGCGUGUGGCUGGUCAGAGCUUAUUUGCUGAGCUUCAAGACUUUGACGGUAGUGAGGAUGAAUCCGUGGGUGGCACGCCCCGCACGCGUACCGUCCGAUCCGUCACCCCCGGGUCUACGCGCCGCACGCUCUCACCCGCGCCUCCCAUGCCUCGACGCGCUGUCAUGGUCGACAGCUCAACAAUGACGGAACCGUUCUCUGUGCUGCCCCAAACUGUGGAAGCAAUUCGGCCUACCUCUUCGGGCUCCGUCAUUUACGCAAACCGAGAGUUGCCAGAAGGACGAUCGAGCUAUGCCACGACGACUGAGACAGAUGCAUCGCGCCCUGCGUCCGCUUUGUCCAACAGCGACAUGCACGAAGAGAUUGCCCGCUUCCCUAUUCCACCAAAUGCUGUGACCCCCAAAGAACUGGCUUUUUCUUCUAUGCAGACCCAGUAUACCGAGCCCCGCGAAGCAUUUGCCUCCGAGGUUGUCGAACCUAUUGCCAGCCCCCCGCGACCGAUACCUGUCAUGUCUCUGGGCCAAAUUCAGUCCGAGGUUGUCGAACCCAUCGAGCCACCCUCACCAAAAACGCCCAAGGCCCUGGCGCCAGUCGCUAUCGCGGCUCCCGUGCCACAGCUCAGCCUGUCGACCAUCAAGACACAAGAUAUUGCGCCGACGGCCCUGCCGCAGCCCGUCUUGGGUUACUCCAGCAUUGCUACAGAGGGAGUCUCGCCAGUAUCUGAACCAUUACCUGUUCUCCCUGCUCUUGGCUUCUCUUCAGUCAGGACCGAACACACAAUGCCAGUCAGCCCUGCGAAGGUGCGCACACCCCAGCUGAUGCUGUCGUCUAUCUCGUCAGAGGCGAUUCAGCCGAGAAUGGCCCCAAAGAGCCGUCCGACGCUCUCAUUCUCUACUAUUCAAUCCGUCAAUAUUGAGCCACAAUCACCAAGAAAUGAAAGAAGAAAUGGGUUUAUUCUGCCACGGCAGAUUGAAAAUACCCCCGAGAAGCCUACUCCCGAGACUCCUACUUCCAAGCUUUUCGGAACCAUGUUUGGACGCGGAAAGGGCAAGGACGCUUCGCCCACCAUCGCUGAAGAUGAGACAAGGCAAUCUCCAUCGGAUUCCCCGCAUGCAGAGACGCCAGAGUCGCAGCGCCCCUUCAAGGAGAUCUCAGCCAAUAGCUCCACGCGACCGCCUCGCAAGUCUGUUUUGCGUAGCACCAAUGACCAGGGUGCCCAGACUGCCCUCACCAGUGGUGCAAUUGACCGCCUGCAAAAGGGUCAUGCGAAGAGUCCAUCAGUUGCGUCAGUGGGCAGUCCAGCGACGAUGGGUACCGUUCGUAUCCACCGCUCACAGGAAAGUCUGGCAAGUCAUAUCAACCGUGGCGUGGACUUUGACGACUCCAUGUACGACACGGGGUCUGUCAUCAUUCGGCCUGGCAGCGCAGCCAGCGGAAGGCGGUCGGUCUAUGAGACAGCUCCGCCUCUGCCUACCAACCACCGCCAGGCAAUCCAAGCCGCUGGUUCGCAGACACAGACCAACAUGGGUCCGCCACUAUGGCCUGCUUCUGCGAUGAAGCGUCCCAGCACACCAAGCCAACGAGGUGGACCAGGAUCUGCCUACAAUGGAACGCCGACUCCCCGAGCUGCGCGCACUGGCGUCUUUGUCGACUUUCAGCCAAAGACCACAGCUAUCGGCAGACAACCUUCAGUCUCCUCCUUUGCUUCGGACAUUGAUGCGCGAUUCGACCUGCAGGCUACGGACAUGGAUCCCACUGGUUUUGGCCCCAACACCGAUCCUCGUAUGAUCCAGGCCAUCACGCAGACCAUGAUUGGCGAAUAUCUGUGGAAAUACACGCGCAAAACUGGUCGUGGUGAGCUGUCUGCCAACCGACAUCGUCGCUACUUCUGGGUGCACCCAUACACGAGAACUCUGUACUGGGGCGAUCAAGAUCCGUCCAGCGCGGGGCGAUCUGAGCUCAAGGCUAAGAGCGUGCCGAUUGAGGCUGUUCGCGUUGUCACUGAUGACAACCCGAUGCCUCCUGGGCUGCACCGCAAGAGUCUGGUGAUUAUUGCUCCGGGACGGACCAUCAAGUUUACUUGCCCUACCGGCCAGCGGCACGAGACAUGGUUCAAUGCGCUGUCGUAUCUACUUGUUCGAACAGAACCCCAGGCAACAUAUGACGCCGAGGAUGUCGCGGACUCGAUCACGCGCGAGGAUGUUGACGAGUUCAACCCGCAGUUUGGGCGCCGACGUGGACAUGGCAACCGCCCAGAGCAACAGUCAGUGUCGUCGUACAACUCGAGGACUGUGAGAAACGAGUCGCCAGCCGAAGUGUAUUCGAUGGCAGUGCCGACACUGACGCCUAGUGCGCGCCGCACCGCCCUCGCCAACAAGGCUUCCAAGGGCACUCUGAACAAGAUUAGCGGAUACUGGAAGCUGUCAAGUCUCCGAAGCCGCGCGGGCGGUAGCAACGUUGACCUCUAUUCGACUAAUCAGGUGCACGACAGCGCCGAGGACCUGCGCGAGCUGAUUGAGCGCCAGGACCGCGACGCGGAUCGUCUGGAGAAUGUGCGAGCGUGCUGCGACGGCAAGCAUGAUGUGGGCAGCGUUCCUCACUCGUCGAAGCGCCAUCGUCACAGCCACGCUCAUCCUGCGCGCUCGGCCAAUACGACACCGGUGUCUUCCACGCGAACCCGGGCUUGA